AGAUGUGCUUCCCGUGCUCCGUGUCUUUCAGCUCUCGACGUCCGUGUCCCAGAAUCCCCGCUGGUGGCUCUGUACGGGGCGGACGCGGUGCUCAACUGCUCGUUCUCCGGCGCCUCGGCGUUCAACCUGUCCGAGCUCAGCGUGUUCUGGCAGCUCUCGGACACCAAGCGCGCCGUCCACAGCUUCUGGCAGGGCCGAGAUCAGCUGAGCGAUCAGGAGCAGCGCUUCGCCAACCGCACCGGCCUCUUCCCCGACCGGCUCCGCUCCGGGAACGCCUCCCUGCUGCUGAGGAGCGUCCGCGUGGCCGACGAGGGAAGCUACUCCUGCUUCGUCAGGGUUCAGUCGUACGGCAGCGGAGCUAUGCUGAUGCAGGUCGCAG